GAUGCAGACAAUCGUGUGAUACUGAACGUAGGGGGCAUCCGGCACGAAACUUAUAAGGCCACCCUGAAGAAAAUUCCAGCUACUCGCUUAUCCAGGCUGACCGAGGCGUUAGCCAACUACGACCCCGUGUUAAACGAAUAUUUUUUCGACAGACAUCCGGGCGUGUUCGCUCAAAUUCUCAAUUAUUAUCGUUCAGGGAAACUUCACUACCCGACAGACGUGUGUGGACCUCUUUUCGAGGAGGAGUUAGAAUUCUGGGGACUGGACUCCAACCAGGUUGAACCGUGUUGCUGGAUGACUUACACCAGCCAUCGAGAUACACAAGAUGUCCUCACCAUACUC